CUCAUCGUGCAAGGGAUACUGGGAAGCGGAAGGAGCAACCCUUCAGCUCGACAGAAACUUUUCAGUUUUGGUCCAAAAAUCUCAUCAAAAAUCGCUAUUUGCUACCCUCGUACUUAUCAAAAAGCCCUAAAAAAGCAUGUCUAAGGCUAAAGAAUCAACUAAAUUCCGUAAAGUCGACGUUGACGCUCUUGAAAACCAGUUUGACGAUGAACAAGGCGAAGAUGUUUCUUCUGGUGGACCAGACGAAGGGGAGGUGAACUCUCUUCUUGCUUCUAAGAAAAAUUGUGAUGCUUUAAAACUUGUAUUAGCAAAUCCUCCUCUACAGACCAAGAAUCAAGCUGCCAAGGACAAAGCCUUCCAGUUAGUUAUGAGAGUUCUUUCGGCAACAAAAGCCAACGAGAUAGAUCAAGCAAUCAAGGGUUUGGAUACCAAAGGCAUCGACAUCCUCAUGAAAUAUCUUUAUCGGGGAUUUUCAGAGCCAAGUGACAACAACUGCGGUAUCCUUCUAACUUGGCAUGAAAAGGCUCUCGCAGCUGGGGGACUAGGAAGUAUCGUAAGAGUUCUUGCUGAUAGAAAAACAGUGUAAAUAACCCACUUAAGAAAUUAUCCUAAAACUUGUAAAAUCCCAAAGCAAUUUUGAUACAUGCCUCUCAGAAUAUAGAAUAUAUUUCUUAAAAAUAAAUCGCUAAUUUUAGAUAUGAUUUGACCAUAAUUAUCAAGUUUAAAUUUCCAAAGCUGUAAUGCAUUGAAUGGUCCCUGUUGAAAGUUGCUUCUAAAGAGUGAAAGCCGAAUUUUGUCGAGAAAUUUUCAUAUUUUGGUGAAAAAGUGUGAUGUGGUAUGCAUUGGUCAUGUUAUUACUACCAGUACCUCGAGCAUUAAUUGGAUGUUGUGAAGUCAUCUUAAUGUCUUGCUGUAAUUUUAGAAACCUCUUGUGAAAUCUGCAUUAACUUGACACACUAAAAGCACUUGUUCAACAUCCAUCCUUUCAACAGGACCCUUAUUUUUUAGAAAUGGUUCUAAAAACCUUUCCUAAACUCACCCGAAUACUAAUGGAUGUUUUACGUGCAAAUGAGCUUGAGAGUAAAAUGAUAUGCUAAUGAGACAUACUUGUGUAUGGACAUGAAGCGUAUCUUUACUGCGACAAAGGACUAGCGUCCAAAACCUCAGUAUUUUCAUCUUUUCACGGUGUAUAAUUUACCUUUUUAUCAUUACUGUUUCAUUAGAAACACCAAUGCAGCUCACACUAGUUUUUAGCUAGUUAUCUCUUCUUAUGCUUCAGGAUGCUUUUGUGAAUAAGUUAAAUAAAGGGAAAACUACAUUUACACAGGCAAAAUUAUUACAUUAACUCAAAUAACGAAAAACUUUACAAAAACAUUCAGUGGGAACAUUAAUUCUUCAUUUCCAUUUUACAGUCCCUUUGGCCAUUGAUGUUAGUCAGUAAAUUGUUGACAUGUUUGAGUGUAUCCAUGUCGCUUUGCUGCAGAUUUCUUUAUGCACUUCGUGAGCUAUUUCUCUGUAUCUUUUACUUUUUGCUUCUCAGUUUCGCCUCUAUAAACUGUCUUUUAACUUGGAUUUUAACUUGUAAAUUAAAUAUAUUAACCGUU